AUGGAAACUAUACUCCAUGAAAAAUAUUCAUUUAAUUCACCAGUACUGCGAUUUCUGACAUAUAUACAUCAUAAUGUUGCUAGUUCACCGCGGAUUAAACGUGAAAAACGUUUCGCCACUAAUAUUCAACUUCGUUAUCCAAUACGUCCCCGUUACAAAUGUUGUGUGUAUGGUGAUGAGCAACAUUGUGAUGAAGCUCGUCUGUACAAAAUUCCGCAUAUGCCAAUGGAUGAUUUACGACGGAUGAACAAAGAUAAAAAGAAGAAAAAAAAACUUGAACAUCGCUAUCAUGCUUUCUUAGCCUCGGACAAUGUCAUUCGUCAAAUUCCUCGUAUACUUGGUCCAGGUCUCGGUCGUAUGGGAAAAUUUCCAACAUUAGUUACUCAUACGGAAUUAUUACGUGACAAAAUCGAAAAAAUGAAAACAACCAUUCGAGUUCAUUUGAAAAAGUCACCUUUCAUUAAUGUUCCUGUUGGACAUGUAAAUAUGACUGAGGAACAAUUGAUUAGUAAUAUUUCUAUGACAAUCAAUUGUAUUGUAGCAUUAUUACGAAAACAUUGGCAGCAUGUCCGAAAAGUGUUCAUUAAAAGUACAAUGGGGCCAUCUCACCGUCUUUACUAA